AUGAUGAUGACUGAACGAACACCAACUAGUAUUCGUUCUACAGCUGCUCCGGGGACAGUAACAGAGCAACCAAAUCGUUUAUCAAGAUGGUGGAUGAGACAUCAUGUUCAUAUUGGAUUAGCUAGUAUGGGAGGUUCAGCUAUAUUAAUAUGUAUUAUAGCAGUUAUACUGUUACCAAUUGUAUUUAAAAACCCUUCAAAAGACGAUCCAUGCAUGGAUGAGAAGAAUCCUUUGAUAAAACCACCUGAAUGGAAUAUCAAACCACCAUCUGCGUUUGAUCCACUCUGUGCAGCUAAUGCUACUUGGACGAGUGCAGGUAUCACUGUUGCUGGUUCAUCAAAUAGUACAGAUCCACUUUCAAAAGCAAAUCUAAAAAGUCCAAAUGAUAUACUAGUUGAUUUUGAUGGUAAUUUAUUGAUAGCUGAUUUCGGUAAUAAUAGAAUAGCUUGUUGGCCAGUUAAUGCAACAGUAGGAUAUAUUGUUAGUGGUACAGGUUCUGUUGGUUCAUGGGCUAAUCUAUAUAAACACCCGGCUGCUAUUGUCGUAUUGAAUGAUCAAAUGUAUGUUUCGGAUCUUGGCAAUUAUCGUAUUGUAGAAGUUCCAUUAAGCACUGAAGAAGGUGCACCUGAUGGUAUUACAGUAGUUGGUCAUUAUGGUGCUGGAUCAGCCCCAAAUCAAAUUAAUUCUGUAUAUUAUAUGUCUAUAGAUAACGUUCGUCAAUUACUUUAUUUGUCUGAUAAUAAAAAUAAUCGUAUAUUACAAUUGAAUUUAACAAAUUAUAUAUUAUCGUUAAUAGCUGGUACUGGCCAAGCUAAUUCGAAUAAUAUCAGUCUCGAUCAUCCAUUGGGUAUUACUAUAGAUGAAAUGCAUGGUUUAAUUUAUGUAGCAGAUUCUCAUAAUCAUCGGGUACAAAAAUUUAAUUUUCAAUCGACAGUAGGUAUUACAGUUGCUGGUGGAAUAGGCAGUGGACAAAAUCUAUCUCAACUUAAUUUACCUUCUGGUGUAGCUAUUGAUUCAGCAGGUAAUGUAUAUGUUGCUGAUACUGGAAAUAAUCGAAUAGUUCAAUGGUUAGUUGGUUCUCAACAAGGACGUAUAAUUGCAGGUACUGGUACUGCCGGUGUUAGUAAUAAAGAACUUAACAAUCCUGUUCAAUUGAAAUUCGAUUCUCAUCAUAAUCUUUAUGUUGUUGACAAGAAUAAUAAUCGAAUACAGCGCUUCAAUUUAUUAUAUAACGGGUGUUAA